AUGCUGGAUAUGGGUGCUGAAAGGAUUCUUGCUGAUAGAACUAAGUGGUACAGAUAUGUGGAUGACGUUGACGGUGAGAUGAGGUGUCAGGCACUGUCGUGCCCCUCACCCAACUGCAGCCACCCUGAGCCAACACCUGGCACUGACUGCUGCAACCUGAGGUGCCAGGGAUGUGCCUUCCAGGGUCAGGUGUUUAAGAACGACCAGGUCUUCAAACACAACUGCUCGACCUGUGUUUGUCAGGAAGGUAACGUUACCUGUGAGGCCGUGGAGUGCCCAGACGUACCCUGCAGCCUGCCCACUCUGAAGGAGGGCACUUGCUGCCCCACCUGCCCACCCUGUCAACAUCUGGGCAUCAUCCUGCCCCCUGAGUACCGCUUUAUUGAUCCUGAUCGUCCCUGCACUCUGUGUGUCUGUCAUGAUGGAGAUGUGAGAUGUUUCCCAGAACCAUGCCCUGUGUUGCACUGCCUACCUGGCCAGCACCUGGUCACCAACACGGGGUCUUGUUGCCCUGUCUGUGCCACCACACCUGCUGCUGACACCAUGGCACCUCUUUCGCACCACUCUGCCUACCAGGACACUCAGCUGCAUACUGUCACUCAGAGCACUGUGUCUCACACUACAUCUCAGACGACUGUGUCUCACCCUCCCACUCCGAACACUGUGUCUCACACAACAAUUCAGGAUGUUUACACUCAAGCAGCAGGUCAUGUUGACCUUCAAAACAUUGCUAGCCCUCAAGAUCACACAAAUCCUCAAGAAACAACAGCUGGUUCGUACGUGGAACGUCUCCAGACAGAUGAACAAACUACCCAAUUCCCCUCAUUACUACAGUCUCUGAAUGACUCUGUCUUCACUGACAGCCUUGCAAAACAGUCCCCUACAAGACAAGCUACUGAAGACCUCGUCAACACUGAGACUACAACCUUUUAUACACCGACUACACUAGAUCCAGAAGUCACUGUAGACUCCAUCAACACUGAGACUACAACUUUAUUUACACUGACUACAGCAGUUCCGGAAGUCUUUUGGCGUAACAUUACAUUUGCUGACGAAAUCUACGACAGGAAGGCAAUGUUUGAUUCUGAGAGAGAAUUCAAUACAGCGGAACUUAUAGCUAGGGAGCCGGCGAUAGUUUCAAAGAAGAGGAUGUUAGCUAACUCCUCCUCGAGUGUGUAUGUUGAGAAAAAUGUACUAGAGAGCACUGCUGGAGUUCCAGUGGAAGCAUCUCAAGCCUUCAACACCUCAGACAAGAUAGCAGAGUUCACCCUCAAUAACGCAAACCAGUUUUCUUCUUCGGCUUCAAGUUCAGCGGUAACUCAGGUUUCUGAUAAAUCUGAAGGCACUGUGCCAAGUAUUGUCACAGAUGUUGAGGGUGAUGACGCUGUGCCAAGUGUUGUCACUGAUGUUGAGGGUGAAGGCACUGUGCCAAGUGUUGCUAUAGAUGUGAAAGAUGAAGGCACUGUGCCAAGUGUUGUCACAGACGUGGAGGAUGAUGGCACUGUGCCAAGUGUUGCCAAAGACGUGAAGGAUGAUGCCACUGUCCCAAGUGUCGUCACAGACGUGAAGGAUGAUAGCACUGUGCCAAGUGUUGCUACAGACGUGAAGGAUGAUGGCACUGUGCCAAGUGUUGCUACAGACGUGAAGGAUGAUGGCACUGUGCCAAGUGUUGCUACAGACGUGAAGGAUGAUGGCAUUGUGCCAAGUGUUGCUACAGACGUGAAGGAUGAUGGCAUAGUGCCAAGUGUUGCUACAUACGUGAAGGAUGAUGGCACUGUGCCAAGUGUUUCUACAGACGUGAAGGAUGAUGGCACUGUGCCAAGUGUUGCUACAUACGUGAAGGAUGAUGGCACUGUGCCAAGUAUUGCUACAGACGUGAAGGAUGGCACUGUGCCAAGUAUUGCUACAGACGUGAAGGAUGAUGGCACUGUGCCAAGUGUUGCUACAUACGUGAAGGAUGAUGGCACUGUGCCAAGUGUUGCUACAGACGUGAAGGAUGAUGGCACUGUGCCAAGUGUUGCUACAGACGUGAAGGAUGAUGGCACUGUGCCAAGUGUUGCUACAGACGUGAAGGAUGAUGGCACUGUGCCAAGUGUUGCUGCAUACGUGAAGGAGGAUGGCAUUGUGCCAAGUGUUGCUACAUACGUGAAGGAUGAUGGCACUAUGCCAAGUGUUUCUACAGACGUAAAGGAUGAUGGCACUGUGCCAAGUGUUGCUACAGACGUGAAGGAUGAUAGCACUGUGCCAAGUAUUGCUACAGACGUGAAGGAUGAUGGCGCUGUGCCAAGUAUUGCUACAGACGUGAAGGAUGAUGGCACUGUGCCAAGUAUUGCUACAGACGUGAAGGAUGAUGGCACUGUGCCAAGUGUUGCUACAGACGUGAAGGAUGAUGGCACUGUGCCAAGUGUUGCUACAGACGUGAAGGAUGAUGGCACUGUGCCAAGUAUUGUUACAGACGUGAAGGAUGAUGGCACUGUGCCAAGUAUUGCUACAGACGUGAAGGAUGAUGGCACUGUGCCAAGUGUUGCUACAGACGUGAAGGAUGAUGGCACUGUGCCAAGUGUUGCUACAGACGUGAAGGAUGAUGGCACUGUGCCAAGUAUUGCUACAGACGUGAAGGAUGAUGGCACUGUGCCAAGUGUUGCUACAGACGUGAAGGAUGAUGGCACUGUGCCAAGUAUUGCUACAGACGUGAAGGAUGAUGGCACUGUGCCAAGUGUUGCUACAGACGUGAAGGAUGAUGGCACUGUGCCAAGUAUUGCUACAGACGUGAAGGAUGAUGGCACUGUGCCAAGUAUUGCUACAGACGUGAAGGAUGAUGGCACUGUGCCAAGUGUUGCUACAGACGUGAAGGAUGAUGGCACUGUGCCAAGUGUUGGUACAGACGUGAAGGAUGAUCCAGCAGUCUCCAGCAAGACAGUACAGUCAUCCAGCCAACAUUGUUUACUUGAUAAAAUUAAUAAACUGAGAGCAUCAAAAACAAGAAUUAGAUACAAAGUUACCAUCAAGAAGUCAAGACGAGAGAACUCUACUGAGGAGAAAUAUACUGCAGACAGUGAGACAGCCACUGUAGACAGUGGAACAGUCGAAGCAGACAGAGACAGUGAAAUAGUCACAGCAGACAGAGACAGUGAAACAGUCACAGCAGACAGAGACAGUGAAACAGUCACAGCAGACAUAGACAGUGAAACAGUCACAGCAGAUAGAGACAGUGAAACAGUCACAGCAGACAAAAACAGUGAAACUGUCACAGCAGACACCAAUAAGAGAGAGACACAGAGUGACACACCCGUACACAGAAGACAAGAGAACACGGCUCCAGGUUCCUUCACUCUCACUGUUCUUCCUUCUACCAGUGAAACCUUGAACACCAGAGAACAAACCUCAGUUUCCUUCCCGACAGCAGACUCGAGGUUCUCACCGGGUGUAACCCGACGACUGCAGUACCUCGACAGUUAUCCUGACAUCAAGGAGCUCCUUCUUGACGGAACAAUAGAGAUAAGUGGCAAUGAUGCCAAAGUCUUACAGAGAUCAGUGGCGUCAGUAACAGCCAAGGAACGCAGUGGAACAAAUGAAGUUCCUCAGCCAAUACAAAUAACCAAAGGAGCUCAAGAUAUAACAACUCAAGAACCAAUGUUGUGGCUUCACUCUUCACUAGAUGCAGCUCUGGUGCCACCAGCUUCUCUCCCUGUGAAGUCAAUAUUAUCAUCUAAAGAGCGUUUUCUACUGCUGACUGAGAGUCACAGUGAAGGUAGAGAGCUGGAUCAGUUUGCUCCUUCAGCUGCUGCUACAGUGCUAACCACGACGAUUUCACCUCCAACCUGGACAAGUUACGCCGAUGCUGCUGAUUCACUUGGCUAUGUAGAAAUUGUAGACUCCACUACUGGUGGACCUGUCUCGUCAUUCUUCAUUUCACCUGCCUCUUUAGAGAACCGGAAACCCAUGCUUGUUUCUGCGGGGGUUUUCAACGUUAAGGCAGUUCCUGUGACAGGGAUAGCUGGUACCGCAAGUGUUCCCACUACUGACCUACUGCCAACACAAGACACUACUACACCUCCUGUGGCUGUGGUGGCACCUUCUGCCACAAAAAUUCCCUCUACCGUGGUGCUGCCAACCCCUGACUCCACACACAUCGCAGCUACAGUCACACCCUCGUCACAGCUGACGACAGAUCGUCCCACAGGGUCAUCUGAUAUUUCUUUGGUGACACAAGCAUUACCUUCAUCUGAUAGUUUUUCUCUGAAGCUUUCCUUAGACACAACCUUAAGCUCUUCCAGUAUUGGAAAGACUGAUUCCAUACGUCGAAUAAUAGGUCUUAACGAAUUUGAAAAUACUGAAUACCGCAAUGAAGAGAGGAACAUAAUACCUACUUUAAUAACUUAUUCACAUGUCCCGUCUGUGCCCAGUUCUCAGCAGUACACUUUGUUUGUCAGUACUGAGCAAUCUGAGGCCUCGACUGAACCAGCUUUACCACAAGAACCCGACUCAGAACUGCACUCAGAACUUGUUCACGAAAACAAAAGUAGGAAGAUGACACACAUACCAGGCACAACACCGUCAGUACCUUCGUCUGUCCAGGAGCUUGAUGUCAGCGCGGCGUCAGUCGCUGGUGAAGCGGAUCAUCGCAGCUUGAAGACGACUUAUAAUAUAAGGUUCUAUAAGGAGGACACUUCAAAUUAUCACUUAAUACCUAACCUGACGACACACAGGACCACGACAACCCCACAUACGAUGACUGACACAGUGACUUCAACAUACCCACAGCCUCAAACAACGACACAUUCAGCGAUAACUUUGCCAGUACCUUCGAUAACUGUCUCCCCAGACACUACUACUACGACUACCACCUCUCCCAUUACCCUUCAGAGUCCCACAACGACAACACUGCCUGCAACAACGACCACUAGCUCCUCACCUGCUACUAGUACGACCUUUACUGGUACCUUACAUGGGUCGUGUGAGCCGGAGGAGAUAGGCAAGACCUUCACCCAACCUGAGGACCCUUGUACCGCCUGUACAUGUUCGAGCGAGCAACAGUGGGAGUGUGUGAAGACAGUGUGUGAGGACCUUGACUGUCCCUCAGAGGAGCUCCACCUGGAAGAAGGACAAUGUUGUCCUGCCUGUAAAGCCUGUGAGGUACAAGUGGGCCCAGAGCUACGUCAGUACGGCGAGGGCCAGAGCUGGCACCCUCCUUCCCAGCCUUGCACACUCUGCGUGUGCCACAGAGGCGUGCCCACCUGCGAGCCCACCCUCUGCCCACCCCAGCAACAGUACCCACCACCAGUCGUCACCCCAGGACGCUGCAGGGGAGUCAGAUGCUUCAGGAGACUGUGUUUCCCUGGUCAGGAGGAGAGGCUGCCCCCAGGCUCCUGCUGUCCAGUCUGUGCCCCAGCCAGUCGUGGGUGUGUGUUAUGGGGACGGCACCUGCGUACCUUCGAUGGUGUGUUGCUACACCACGCCCACGCCCACUGUGUCUACACCCUGGCCACCCACUGCACCACCAAACUCUUUACUGUCUACACUAAGUUUGUUGGAGAGAGCAGAGGAGUGGUGGUGAGUGUUGUUGUUGAAGACUUACACCUGGAGCUGGGUGCUGAUGGCACUGUGCUGCUGGAUGGUGCCACUGUACACUUGCCUUACCUCACACACAAAGUGGCACUCUACACUCUCCACGGCUCUGUUGUGCUGGUCACAGCUGUGGGUUUACAGGUGGUGUGGAGUGUGGGUGGGCAGGUGGAGGUGCAGGUGGGAGGUGAGCAUGGUGGAACCACCUGUGGUCUCUGUGGUAACUUCAACUACCUCCCUCAGGAUGAUCUCAGGCUUCCCUCAGGUGAAACCUCUCAGAGUGUGGAGGAGUACCUUGAGAGUUGGAGUAUAGGUAAAGAGUGUGCAGCUGAGCCUGACUCCCAUCACUGCUCCUCAGCAUCCUCGUCCUCGUCAGCAUCCUCAGCACACCUCGACCCAGCACACCGCCUCUGCUCAGUUUUAAAGGUACACAAGAUAAUGUUCGUUUAA